UGCGGUGCAGCAGGUCGGUAGGCGGGAAAUGGCGACUGGCUGAAGGAGCUGGCUCUGUUGCUGCUGCUGGCUAAGCGGGAAAGACACCACACAUUGCGCAGUCGGGACCAUCGCCGGAGCCUGAGGACACUUCUCUGUCGUCACAGUUAGUUUUACAUGUGGCACCCAUAAAAGAUGAGGCUGAGAACACGGAAAGCUUCUCAGCAAUCAAAUCAAAUCCCAACACAACGCACUGCCAGAGCAAAGAGGAAAUAUUCAGAAGUUGAUGAUAGCCUGCCUUCAGGAGGGGAAAAACCACCGAAGAAUGAAACUGGCCUGUUGUCUUCAAUUAAAAAAUUCAUUAAAGGAAGCACAACCAAGGAAGAGAGAGAAAAUCCUUCGAAACGGAGUAGAAUUGAACGUGAUAUAGAUAAUAAUUUGAUUACAUCAACACCAAGAGCAGGAGAAAAGCCUAACAAACAGAUAUCUCGAGUAAGACGGAAAAGUCAAGUAAAUGGAGAAGCUGGUAGUUAUGAAAUGACAAAUCAACAUGUAAAACAAAAUGGGAAAUUAGAAGAUAAUCCUUCCUCUGGCAGUCCUCCAAGGACUACCUUAUUGGGGACCAUAUUUUCUCCUGUCUUCAACUUUUUUUCACCAGCAAAUAAAAAUGGAACAUCAGGAUCCGAUUCCCCAGGACAGGCUGUGGAAGCUGAAGAGAUAGUAAAACAACUUGAUAUGGAACAGGUGGAUGAGAUCUCUACCAGUACUACUACGUCAACUAAUGGAGCAGCUUACUCAAAUCAAGCAGUUCAAGUGAGGCCAUCGAUAAAUAAUGGUUUGGAAGAAGCAGAAGAAACAGUUAAUCGUGAUAUCCCACCCCUUACAGCACCAGUAACUCCAGAUAGUGGUUAUUCAUCAGCCCAUGCAGAGGCCACCUAUGAAGAAGACUGGGAAGUAUUUGACCCCUAUUAUUUUAUCAAACACGUUCCACCACUGACAGAAGAACAACUAAAUAGGAAACCUGCUCUUCCAUUGAAAACAAGAAGCACACCAGAAUUCUCCCUAGUUUUAGACCUGGAUGAAACACUAGUACACUGUAGUCUAAAUGAGCUAGAAGAUGCAGCACUUACUUUUCCAGUCCUUUUCCAAGAUGUCAUUUAUCAGGUUUAUGUGAGAUUAAGACCAUUCUUCAGGGAAUUCCUGGAACGAAUGUCUCAGAUGUAUGAGAUCAUUCUUUUUACUGCUUCUAAGAAGGUGUAUGCAGACAAGUUACUGAACAUACUAGACCCUAAAAAGCAACUGGUCAGGCACCGGCUUUUCCGUGAACAUUGUGUUUGUGUACAAGGAAACUAUAUAAAGGACUUAAAUAUCCUUGGAAGAGAUCUUUCAAAAACUAUAAUAAUUGACAACUCACCACAAGCCUUUGCAUAUCAGCUAUCUAAUGGAAUCCCUAUAGAAAGCUGGUUUAUGGAUAAAAAUGACAAUGAACUCCUAAAAUUGAUUCCAUUUCUGGAGAAGCUUGUAGAACUGAAUGAAGAUGUUCGACCUCACAUCAGAGACAGAUUUCGCUUGCAUGAUUUGCUGCCCCCAGAUUAAGUACAAAGACUUGUCAAAUCACUGAAGGGGGAGAGAAUGCAGGACCCUUUUGGACUAAGACAAAAACAUUGCCAUUACUGUUGAAAUUUUGCAUUUUUGUACCCCGUCUUGCUUUUCUUAUCUUUGGUGCCCAAUAAUAAUCAAGGGUUACAGAAAGAGACUUUAUCUCAGAUUGAAUACAUACAGUAGGUAGGCUAAAACAGAAGAGUCUUUAGAACUAGUGCAACUCCAGUGAAAUUUUUUUAUGUACAGGACAUCUGCAGUUUAUAAAGAAUUCUGUUUCUGCCACCAGCAGUUUGACCUGUAGUCACACAGGAUUUUAUGAUAAUAACAGAGAUGAAAAUGGACUUUUAUUUUCUCUCUGUUUGGUGCUCUAAGUGGGUUUGUAGCCACUUUUCUGUUACUUUAAGAUUCUCAUUUCAACAGGAAUGGCCAGUAAAAGUUGUUUUAUUUUUCCUGUUAAGGUUUAUAACCUUUUUACAUUUUUGACCUGUAUUAGAUUAGAAUUUCAUUAUGCAUUCCUUUUAGUUGAGGCGCUUCAUAGUUUUCUGGAAAUAGUCAAUUUUUAGUUUUUUAUUAUACAUUUGAAUGGCCGUUUUCCUGCUUUGUCUGCCUGCAUAUUGUAUAUUUGUUUAAAAAUAUUCUCUACUUUUAGUCCAUGUAAGUUUCAUUUAGAAAGACAUGCAUUUAUAUUUUGUUUCUGUAAUAUUCUACUGUAGGUGAAAUCUUUUCAAAAAUCAAGAGACUGGUUAGAUAAGAAUAUAUGAAUGACUAAUAUUCAAAAGAUUUAAACCAUUGUGAUGGCAUGUGUUCCCAAAUGGUAAUAUCUUGCAAUGGCACACAGAUUUAAUGGAUAAAGGUAUACCUCAGACUUCACUGUGCUCACCAAUCUUUGAGGAGAAUGAGUUUGGUCACCUGCUGGGCUUGAUUUGGUUACUGCUGCCUUUGGUUUUCUCCAGGAAUGAAGUAUUCAGCACAGUGACUCAGUAUUUUUAGUUAUUUUGCAUGGGCUGGUAGUACCUCUGUUAUGCUCUCGGUUACAAUCAAUUUAAAACUCUGUGUAACAGUCUUGGUACCUUACAGUAGCUAUGCAUAAUCCUGUGGCACAGUAAACUCCCAAGCCACCAAUGCAGUCAAUAUGCUCUCAUAGUGGUUUUCUAUGCUAUAUGAAAAUAGUCUUCAAGCCUUGGUUCUCUAAUGCAGCUACCACAAGAGGUUGAUAUUUUUAUAGUGGCGUGUAAUCUCCUUUUCCGGAGGCUUUUUAUGGAAGGUAGAAUUUGUAAAAGUUAGUAUGCUUUGCCUCUCAACUGCAUUAACAUGCCACAGGCUCAGACUGUUUUUGUGUAAAGGAUGUCAAAGAACGGCACUUUUUCUAAAGAGAAGUUUGAUAUUUUGUAUGCUUGUUAAGAAAGUACAGUAUUGGAAAUUAAAGGUGGACAACUGAUAAUUGAGGAGUAUGUCACUUAAUUUUUUAUGUAUAUUACCUGUUUACUUGUACAACUUAUUGUACAAAUUACAUGCAGCUUCAUUUUCAAAUGAAUCCUUAAAAUAAGGAAAUCUUUUUAGGAAAACAUUUAAUUUUUGUAUUUUUGAUUUUAAAGGCAUGAGUUAUGUCAAUUUUCAGUGUAUUAAUGAAGAUUUUAACUUUUCAUCAGGUUGAGUGUUUUCUUACUAUAUUAUCUGUUGUGUAUGUAGUUAGCAUAUUGUGUCACUGAACUGUUUAAAAAUCUAGCAUGUAGAGCAAGCCUGUUUUGUGGAAGAUCCUUAUUCAUUAAAAAAUAAUCAUGGCAGAUUUUCUGCAAAAAAAAAGCAAAAGCAUUUGCAAUUCAGAAUACUGGGGUUUUUUUGUUUGUUUUUGUUUUAAUUUAAAGAAAGGUAUUUUGCUUGCAGGAAAAAAUACUACAGAUUCAUUUUAGUGAGAAUCUUUGAAAUGUAUUUAUCUUUAGGGCAUCUGGGCAUCUUUAUGCUGUUUGUCUUCUGUCUUUCUUGAAAUAAAAUGUACAUACGUUACCUUUA